AGUGUGUUUGCGGGGGGUGCUGGGUUCAAUUCCCAGUGUGUCCAAAACGUUUUGCAUUUUCCACAUCAUAGCGUAGCUGGGAUGUCUCUGUCGCUUGCAAUGAUUUUUCCAAAGUCUCGUUGUCUGCUCUGUGGGAGAGCACCGAGCACGGGCGACAAACGUGGGCGCCGAACUAGGUGACAGUGUCGUGGUUCUACCACCAUCUCCAGUAGCAAGGCUACAAUUCGUGCUGUCGGAAAUUUCGCAAAGCCGUGUGCCCCUUUACUGCUGCUCAAUAACAUGGCUUGCAUGAUUCCGACCGGUUUCCGCGCUCUCCCAUUGUCUAUUACCCAGUUGUCUCUCGCUGCGGUUCUACAGUGUGGUCAAUCUUUCCGCUGGAACGUAUUCCCGCUCUUCUCGGAUGGCGCGUUUCAGGACAACCUCUUUCCGACGCAUGAGUACCGCCUCUGUUUGCGCGACCGUGUGGUCUGCCUGCGCCAAACACCAGACAUCUUAUUCUACCGCUCAGUGCUUCCAGGGCCACCGCCACUGCCUUCAGAGGAUGUACUGCGCGAGCAAGAGACCCUAGCAUGGUUACGAGACUAUUUUCAGCUCGAUGUGGAUCUCAUUGAACUGUACGAACAAUGGGGCAAGCGAGAUCCAGUAUUCCGCAAUUGCAGGGAGCGGUUCGCCGGGAUCAGGAUGCUGAGGCAGGAGCCAUUUGAGAACUUGAUAUCAUUUAUAUGCUCUUCCAACAAUAACAUCGUGCGGAUCACGAAGAUGGUGAAAACCCUCUGCAAACAUUACUCACCUGCUCUGCUGUCGCUUCCGCCGCCAACGGAUGCGGAAUGCAGCAGUGCAAGUGAUGCCUCAUUGGAAGUAGAGAGCUACCACCCAUUCCCCCCACCAUCCAUCCUGGCUGCUUCUGACAUCUCGGCGACAUUGCGCACGCUCGGUUUUGGGUACCGCGCGGAAUUUGUUCAGAAAACUGCGAAGAUGCUUGUGGAUGCUCAUGCAUCUGAGCAACUUGGGCAUGCAUCACUUGAACCUGCGGAGAAGUGGCUCUGUACCCUGAGACAAAUGAGUACCUCUGAAGCACGCGAAGAGCUUCUCAAAUUCAUGGGCGUGGGCAGAAAGGUUGCUGAUUGCGUGCUGCUCAUGAGCUUGGAUAAGAAAGAAGUUAUUCCCGUAGAUACCCACGUACACCAGAUUGCUGUCAAACAUUAUGGCAUAAGCUCAUCGUCGAAGGCAAAAGGCAACAUGACUUCGAAAUUAUACGACGAAGUGAGCAGCAAGCUCGCCGCAGUUUGGGGUGACUAUGCUGGAUGGGCACACUCGGUCCUUUUCACUUCUGACCUCAAAGCGUUCGCAUCCUACGGCUUGCCGUCGCCAUCCCAAUCGCCCUCGGUCAAAGAACGAACUCCGAAGAAGUCAUGCAGAAGCGAGAUUGUCAGUGGCCUUGCUACACCUCCCGCCACUCCUACUCCGCAGUCAUCCUCGAGCAAACGGAAACGGGCAAUCAUUAAGGCAUCGUCCAAGGAUGGGGAAUUGGAUCUAUUGCCGAGUGUGAAUGACGGGUUGAACAUGGCCGAUAGAGUGAAGAGACGGCGACGCGCCGCAGUCACGAAGGCUGCCGAGAUUUCAGUGGUCGCAUAGCUUUGGCAUACGACAGUUCUUUGGGAACCAUACACCUUUUACAUAUACUACUAUCGCAGUACGGAAGCAAAAACGUCUGCGCAAUACAUUGAUGAUUACAUAGAAACUAACAGAAACGUGUCUUAUGAAUCGUAACAAUCCGU